AUGUGUAUAAAAAUUUCCGAUACACCGGUUGACUAUUGGGUGAAUCUUUGUGCAGUUUGUUUGAGACGAGUAAUUGUCAGAGAAGUACUCCACAAGUCUAGGAGAAAAUCGAGCAAGAAAAAUCAAAGUAAAGGUCAGCUGAAGCAUCUUCGUAACGAACUUUACCGCAAACGUGACGCUAAAAUAGUUAGCUGGAAGACGUUUUCAAACAAGAAAGAUUCUCAACGUGAACCUGAUAAAUGCAAAAACUUACAUCGCAGUAAUAUUUGCAGGGCAGAUGCUGAGCUAACAAAACUUGGAAGACUAAUAAACCAGACAAGACGGCAAGUUUUUGGAGCUACAGAAAGUCGGGCUAUAGGAAAAAAGGCGAAAAGUGUUCUUUUCAAAAAGCAAUACGACGAAUUUGAUGUUGGUCUAAAAUCCCUAAUAUGCUCAUAA